AUGUCCCGGGAAGAUAUCAAAGCCUCCCCAAACGACACUUGGUCCCUUGCGAGCAGUUCAACAAAAAUAACCUCUACGAGUGAAGCCUCAACCAUCGUGCCAGAACACAAGCACCCAAAGCACUCAACACUGGUCUUCACCCGCCUCGGACCGCUCCGCGUAAACAUGCGCAUAUUCCCCGAAAACGCCAAAAACGAAGGGCUAUACUUCAUCCACAUCAGCGGAACAAUGAGCAACGACACAGAAAUUACCCUGCACUCUGGGGCCUCGAAGCACGGCACGAUCCUCGGUUCCUGCAUCUUCAACAAAUUCCGCCCGUCAAAGAUAACUCUCAAGUCACGCACCGGGUCCAAAUCAACCAUGUUCUUAGUUGCGCAGAGCGGAUGCUACCAAUGGGCAAUGCCACGAACCCUCGAAGCAAGCGACGACAGCAUGAAAAUCGGCGAACGAAGUUUCAUCUGGCGCAGGGCGGCGGAACUAGAUCGGAAUCCAAAGAAAGCAGACGCGUUGAAUCUGGAGCUUUGUAGCUCUAACCCGUUUGAGGUACAUGCGGUCUAUGCGGGCGCGUUGCCUGGUUCUGGGAAAGGGGGUGUAUUGGAAUUGAAGGAUGAUCUGGGAGAGGACUUUCGGGAUAUGCUUGUGUUGACAUUGUCGUCGUUGGUGGAAAAGGCGAGGCAGAGGAGGGAUCGGUCGGGGGAUAAUACGGCGAGGAUUAUGGCGUUCGCGUAG